AUGAUAUUUUCAAAGUUAAAGAUCUAAGAUUGUUUCAAAGUAAAGCUAUAUUGAUCUUAAAGCUCCUUUAAAAAUGAAAAAAAAGGAAGAGAAUAUCGAAUUUCAGCGAAGUUAUGUUUUUAGAAACUAAAUAGUUCACGAACCGAAGAAAUUUUUGCGAUGACCCAUUUACGACAUUCCUGCCAAAAUUAAUUAUAAUAGUGUGUAAUAUAUCGAAAUUUAUGAAAAAGAGUUGACAUUACACCCAUUUUUGGACAAAUGACCCUUAUAUACUGUCCGUAAUAUUGUACUUUCGAAUCUAUCUGUUCUCGUUCAUUAUCGAACAUUAUCGCAUUAUCGAACUGUUUCAAUAGUAUGAUAACACUUUAAAAUGCUUCAAGCUCGCGCGAGAUUAUUCGAAAGAUAGAUCACCUGAUUAUCCGUGUCCUUAGAAUUUGUUACUAAACGGCUUUUACCUCGCUUUACGAGGCGGUAGGAAGUUUUGUAGCUUAUUCCAAAAAAAAAAAAAAAAAUCACGCGUAGAAGUCGCUCGCAUAUAUGUAUAAUUAUUUCUUCCUAAAUGAAGACAGUACACGCUCGCCAUUAACGGUGACGAAAUAUAGACACUUUAAAAAAUAUUGAAGGGAACUAAACAAAUUUAUAAAGCGACAACCUGGAUAGCUAAAUAAACGUUUGUUAUCCAGAUACAACGAAUAUAUUGCAACAAUUUCAAUUUAUUUAUUAACGAUAAUAAAUCUGAAAAUUUAAGCAUUCGAUAUAAUCACCAUCGACACAUAAUGUUUCCGUGGAUCUUGCCGAUGCAGCAUUAUUGACAUGCAUAACUAUACAUAACCAGAUGCAUGUAUUUACAGAACAAAAAUUGCGUUAGUGUCAGAUUAGACGUGAAAAACGCAACACGAAUUGAAUUUUAAAAGCUUUCUGUUAAACCUUUAUUGCAUACAUCUAUUUUAUUCGUUCAUCCAUACUUGAUACAUUUCUCUUUAAUCUUAAUUAUCAUCCUGCGAAUACUAUUAGUACUUUUUGCACUAUAAUUACUGUAUUACGAGUUGCAAGAUACGUGCAAUUUUCCGAUGAUAAAUAAUAAUCGAUCAUGUUCAAAUAACGACAGCAUACUUUAAUGAACCUCACAUUUAUCUGUCUAACCGUUUCUUUAAUAGUUUUGUUUCCACUUUGUCAAUUAAUUUAAAGCUAUUGAAAACUCGAAUAGAAAGAAACAAAGUGAAUUAUAAAAUACAGCGCUAUCUAUCACGAUCCAUGGCAACAAUCACAUACACAAUUUGAAAUUGAUCGAGGCCUAUCGAAACAUAAACAACAUGGCGAAUAAAAGAAAUAUAACGUUACAUGUAAAAUAUGUCUCAUUUAAUAAAUUAAUAUUUUAACUAUGCGCCACCAUAACAUUUUUAUACAUUGCUAGGCAAUUAGCCUUCUUGACUAUAACGCUAAAAAUUUCGGCCUCAAAAAAUGUCGAUUGAUAAGGUCCUUUAUCAAUUGUAUCAACCCCAUGGUACUGGUACUGUUUUCAUUUCAUGGCGCCCUGGUAAUAGUACUCAUCUAGCAACUACUGGUUAUGAUUCCUCAGUUGCUAUUUUUGAUAGACAAGGUGAAUUACAAGAACGUAUUCAAAUUGCUGGUUUAUGUACUGGUUUUGGAUGGGAUUCUGAUGGAGAUCUAUUAGCUAUUAUAUCACAAAGUUCUUCUACUAUCACGUUAUGGGAUGCAACAACUGGAAAAAAAACACAAAUAGAUGCUGGUGUAAGAGACGGAUUAACAUGUAUGAUAUGGGCAAAAAGAGCUUGUUUAUUAGCAGUAGGGACACAGAAAGGAAAUUUAAUACUUUAUGACCAUAUAAAUGCCAAACGAAUACCAAUUUUGGGAAAGCACAAAAAAAGGAUAACUUGUGGCGCUUGGUCUUAUGAGGGGCUUCUUGCGUUAGUCAGUGAAGAUAAGGUUUUAACUAUCAGUACAAGUGAUGGGGAUACAAGGCGCGAAAUACCUCUUCAAGGUGAUGCAUCUGAUAUUCAGUUUAAUGAGAUGAAAAUGGAUCACAGAGUUGGGGGUGAAAAUACAGUAUCUCUUAUUAUUAGCAAAACCACUUUAUUUCUAUACAAUAUUUUGGAUCCAGAGAAUCCUAUUGAAUUAGCUUUUCAAAAACGCUAUGGACCUAUUGUUACUUAUAAAUGGUAUGGGGAUGGAUAUAUUUUAGUUGGUUUUCAAACUGGAUAUUUUACUGCAAUAUCUACACAUAUUAAAGAAGUUGGCCAAGAAUUAUUUCAAGUUAAGAAUCAUAAAGAUUCCUUGACUGACUUGGCCAUAAGUCAAACAAUAGGAAAAAUCGCUACAUGUGGGGAUAAUGUCAUAAAAAUACAUAGUUUGCAAAAUUUAGAAGAAACUGAAAAAUUAAUUACAGUAAGCGGUGAAACUGGAAUUAAUACAGUAGAAUGGUCAAUGGAUGGUACAAUGAUAGCAACUGUGACACACAGUGGCAAUGUUUUAGUCUAUUUAAUACAAAUUCCUAAAUUAUCUAGCGUUUGUGGAAAUAGGAUUGCACUCCUUACCAGUUUAACAGAAGUUACAGUCCAUCUGUAUACGCUAGAUAAAGAGAAACCAGACCCAAUAAUAAUUAAUACUAUAAUAGAACCGUCGGUAUUAACAAUAGGUCCAAUACAUGCAGCAGUAGGGUUGAAUAACAGAGCAUUGUUCUGGGAUAUAUCCGGAAGGGAUUACAAUACUACAAUACAUUUUGAAAGAGAUUAUUUAGCAACAAUAGAUAGUAUAAGAUUGAAUGAAACUUAUGCAUCUGUUUUAUUUGAUGGCAAAUUACAGUUGCACUCGAUUAAAAUGGAUCAAACACUAUCGAAAGAAGGGAAGGAUACAAAAAUGUUUCCAGGCUUAGGUGUUUCAGAUUUUAAAAUAACGUGCCAUGCUCUUAGUAGCAACUUCUUAAUCUAUGGCAGUGAUAUGGGCCACAUAAUCUAUUUUAGUUUAGAAGUCUUUAAUCAAUGUACUGAACAUAUACACGAUAAUGGUAUAAAGGAAAUCUAUUUAGAUACAAAUGGAACACAAUUAUGUUUUAUAGAUAACAAGUUCGACGCUUAUAUGUAUAAUCCUGUGCAAGAAACUGUUUUACAAAUUCCUGAUUGUCUAGGUUGCAUUGAAGGUGUAAUUUGGGAUCAAAAUAUUUUGGAACGUAAUAUAUUUACUGUUUACAAUAAAACUCUCAUUACUACAUACAUAUUUGUAAAAUACUUUAUCGAAGGUACAAAAAUUAUAAAGAUAAAUACAACAAAGCUGCCAUCUGAAACAUUACCACUAUUGAUGUAUUCUGGAGAAUUGACAUUAAGUUCAACAGCUAACAAAUUAAUGCAAAUUACAUUGUCUUCUCAUGAAGAUAUAGGAAAUAUUGUGGAAUAUACAAAAAUGAAAGAAAUAUUAGAAAAUCAGAUUCUUUGCAGGAGAUAUCAACAGGCAUGGGAGACGUGUGAGAGAAUUAAUGAAAAAGACUCAUGGUUAAAGUUAGGAGAAAUUGCAAUUGCAAAUUUAAAUAUUGAUUUUGCAAUUCGAAUUUACCGCUACUUAGAAGAUGCUGCGAUGGUUUGGGCACUACAAACUAUGGAAACCUUAGAUGAAUUACCAUUAUUAUGUGGACAUGCUUGUAUUUUACUUGGUAAUUAUAAUGAGGCAGAACAAUUUUUUUUACAAUCAUCUCAACCGGUACAAGCUUUGUAUUUAAGAAGAGACCUAAUGCAAUGGGAACAAGCAUUAAAUUUAGCCCAAAAAUUGAAAGCUGAUGAAAUUCCUUAUAUUGCUAGAGAAUAUGCUCAACAGUUGGAAUUUACGGGUAAUUAUCCAAAAGCGUUAACAAAUUAUGAACGUGGAUUGGUAGAUUCAAAUAAUAUAUCUAAUACAACUACACAUAAUCCGCAACAUCGAAAUCUAUGUCUUGCUGGAAUUGCGAGAAUGUCUAUCAGAUGUGGGGAUAGUAGAAGGGGUGUAAACAUAGCUAUGGACAAUGAAAGUUCAAGACAAUUGCGAAAAGAAUGUGCAGAAAUAUUAGAAUCAAUGAAGCAAUUUAAUGAAGCUGCAUUACUAUAUGAAAAAGCUGAAUAUUUUGAUAAAGCUGCUUCUGCAUAUAUAAAAUUAAAAAAUUGGCAGAAAGUGGGGCAACUCCUACCACAAAUCUCAUCUGCCAAACUUAAUAUACAAUAUGCUAAAGCCAAAGAAGCUGAAGGCAAAUAUGAAGAAGCAGCAAAGGCAUAUGAAACUGCAAAAGAUUAUGAAAACAUAAUUAGGAUUAAUUUGGAAUAUUUAAACAAUCCUGCUCGAAGUGUUGAAGUAGUACAACAAACUAAAAGUAUAGAAGGAGCUAAAAUGGUCGCAAAAUAUUUUCAAAAAAUGAAUGAUUAUAAUUCAGCAAUUAAGUUCUUAAUUUUAUCAAAUUGUCACGAAGAAGCAUUCCAAUUAGCUAAUCAACAUGGAAAAAUGGAAUUAUAUGGAGAAAUUCUAAUAAAUACGAUUGAUGACAGCAAUGCGCGAAAAGAAGAUUUUAAAAGCCUUGCGAUGCAUUUUGAAUCUCAGAAAAAUAACUUUUUAGCUGGAAAAUAUUACUUCUAUGCCAAGGAAUAUCAAAAAGCAUUACGACAUUUAUUAAAAGCUGCACAAUUAGUAACAGAUGAAAAUGAAGUCCUGUCAUUAGCCAUUGAUACAGUUGCUUCUUCAAAAGAUGACAAGUUAGCAAAUCAGUUAAUUGAUUUUUUAUUAGGUGGUGAUGGAUUACCAAAGGAUCCUAAAUAUCUGUUCAGAUUAUAUAUGGCUAGAAAACAGUACAAAGAAGCUGCAAAGACAGCAAUUAUAAUUGCUAAUGAAGAACAAAUUAAUGGAAAUUAUAGAAGCGCUCAUGAUGUUUUAUUUGGCAUGUAUCAAGAAUUAAAAAAGAAUAAAAUCAAUAUACCUUCAGAGAUGCAAAACAAUUUAAGACUUUUGCAUUCAUAUAUCCUUGUGAGACUUCAUGUAAAAAAGAACGAUCAUUUACGUGGUGCUCGUAUGUUAAUAAGAGUAGCCAAUAACAUAUCGAAAUUUCCAUCACAUAUUGUUCCGAUUUUGACCUCCACUGUAAUAGAAUGUCAAAGAGCUGGAUUAAAAUAUGCUGCUUUUAAUUAUGCUGCUAUGUUGAUGCGUCCGGAAUACAGAAGCCAAAUUGAUGCUAAGUAUAGUAAAAAAAUUGAGGCAAUUGUAAGAAAGCCACCAAAAUCAAAAGAUAAUGAAAUUGAAGAGGAACCUUUAACUCCAUGUCCAUAUUGCAAGAGUAAACUUACAGAGACAGAGAUUACUUGUGACAAGUGCAAAAAUACAAUACCUUUUUGUAUAGCUACAGGCCGACAUAUCAUUGAAGAUGAUUUCACGGUAUGUCCACAAUGUGAUUUUCCUUGCAUAAGAAGUGAAUUCUUAAGGAUUAUUGAAUCUGAAAAUACGUGUCCAAUGUGCUCGGAAAAAGUAGAUGUUAACAUGGUUUCAUCUACUCUUAACAUCCGUUCCUAUCUCGAUUUUCAAGAAGGAAAAUCACCAGUGAGAACUUAAACAGUUUUAGUUAUAAUUUAAUAGGAGUUGAAAAAUAUACAAAUAUUAUUACUCCUAUCAAACGGUGCCGUCCAAUAUGAGUACAACAUAGACAAGUACAAGUAGCUUAUAUAAAUUCAUAGAUUAUUUAUAAAAUUUGUGCACAAAUCAAAUAAUGACCAUGCAUGGAAGUAUCAACAGUAUAUAGAUAUUAUUGUCAAUAAACUAGUCUCCAAGCAA